UUUUUCUACACGAACAAAAUCAAAACAAUAAAGAACCUUGAUAAUUGGAAAUCGUCACGGCGAAAACGUGUCGAACAUAUUAUAGACCGUGUUGUGGAAACAAAAAAGUUGGAGCUAGAGGAGCAUGAUCGUACAAGACGAAAAUCGAAGACAUUUACUGAAAUGAUGGAGGAGCGAGCUGAGCGUAGCGCCUCACGCGGGCGCGUCAAAUUGGCAUCCCUUGCCGUUUAUAACGAUGACGAAACGAAUGAUUUAAGUGAUUUGGGUAUCGGCACCAGCAGCGCCAGCGGUAAAAGCAGCUUAUCAGAGGACUAUGAGAACAAUAGCAUUAUGAGUGAUAACGCCGAGUUGGACAAAGCCAUUGGCACAACAGCUGCUACUAAUACUAAGGCGCAACAGAAUCACAUCAACAGGAACCAGGUUGACGAUAACGUUAGCAACCAGACGAGUACAUCGAGCACCAGCAAAUUGCAGUCAGUCCGUGUAGCCACAGCAGUAGUAGAAGCUACAAGGCAAUACACACCGCCUGCCAGUACUGCCGAUCCCUGUGAGUACACCUAUGAAGGAGCCAUACAGGAUUACAAACAGCGCGUUCAGCGGGCCAGCAGCAAUGGAAGAAUUAGCAAUAACAAUGCAGUAUCUGAAACUGGAGAAUCCAUUGGCUAUCCCACGCGACGUGGCAGCAAGAUCGAGGAUCGGUUGAGUGGUUUUGAGGUAACGUCUCCAAGCGACACUCAGGAGGGUGUCGAGAAGCAAAAAGUGGAUGUACCUAGGGUAGACAUAUUGAAACGCAAAGAGAUCUUCGAGCAACGCGACCCUGAGCCUAAGGUCAAAAUACCCAAUGGUGGGGCUCCCAAGCAAAAGCUAAUACUGCGGGAGAGUUUGACCAAUGGUAAUGGUGCCGCAGUUGAGCCCACGGCCAAGAAGGAGACUAAACGUCUGUCUGGCGACAUAAGCAGCAUUCGUGAUCGCUUGCAGAGCCUAGAACUGCAGCGCAACGAGUUCAACUCCAGUAAAAGCGUGGAUGUAGCUGUGCCCCCGUUGAAACAUCGCCUUAACAGUCUGCAGCAGCAUGUCGUUACCAAAGAGGAGGAGCAACAAGAACAGAAAAAACCACCACUCGUAGCGCUAAUCGAUGCCAGGCAACUGGAAAUAAUGCGUGGCGAGGAGCAACGGAUGCGACAACAGGAACAAAAGGAACAACAGAAGUUGACAACGCCACCAGCACUGAUUGUGGAAAAGGCAGCGCACGAUGACAGUGGCAUUCAGGUGGACAAUAACGAAGAACUGCUUAGGGAGCAGCAACAACAGCAGCAAUUAAAUGAGGCGAUAGCUGCUCUUGCACUCGAGGAGCGUCAGCUGGAGGAGGCAGCCAAUGCAGUCAAUCAAAUUGAAGCAGAAUUUGAUGAGCUUACUGAUAUGCAACCAAUAGCAUUGCCUGCUGUCAAUGCGACAGCAGCAACUACUGUUACCUCAUCAGUGCCCUCGACGGAGACAUCCUCAACGAGAACAGCCGCUACUCAGCCAGAGGCUCGUGACAUGGAAUUUAGUGUAAGUUCUACUAACCAUUUUAUCGAAACCGGCAUAUCAAGUCCACGAAAUGGUGUCCAUUAUGAUGAUUUUAAUAAUGAUAAAGAUAAUAUUGUAGUAGCUUCAGCUUCUCAUACGGUGUCGGUACAACCCAAACCCAAUACCCAACCCAAUCCCUAUAUCCCCCAACUAAAAAAUUGUAACUUACGUAGAAUGCCCUCCAAUGAAAUGGUCCAUGCGCGCAAUUUGUUGAAAAUGUUUAAGGACACCUUUCAGAAUGACUACGACCUGAAUGAGGAGGUCAGCGAGCAGGUCAACGAGCAGCUAGUAGUAUCAAAGUCCCCUGGACAGCGUAGCCAGAUCUUUGACUUUACUAAGAAAGAAAAUCCGUCAGUUUUGUGUCCGACUUUGGCUUCGAGCUCAUCGCCAGUAUCAGAAGUAACCUCCUUAAAGCAAACAACUGCAGUACCUCCGACCGAAUCGCCUCCAAAUAGCGUAGGUUCAGUCGUUCUACAGAGUACACAAAUACCGCGUCCACUAGGCAAACCACCAAUGUCGCCUAAGGCAAUGCGCGUUAAGCCUGCAGCUACCACGCCUCAACAAUUCAACAUUAAUGGACGCGUUGAGAUAUUUAAUUCCCGGCAAAUGGACAAGCCAGCAACACCUCCUCUUAAACGAGCUUUCAGAGAUGAGCUAACAUCUCCAAUAGCUGGUAAGAGCGAACAGAUGCAGAUUCAUGAGCGUGAGGUUGUGAUGUGCUCACCAGCAGUUACAAUAGUUUCACCCGACGAGUUACCGAAACCUAACACAGUCAAAGCUUUAUCGAGUUGUUUUGGCCAGGCUGCAGCGCCCUCAAAGCCGCCAACUGACACUCGUACACCGUACGAGUGCACAUCUCCAACUCCCAGCUCAAAUGUGAAAUUCAGUGCAAUAUCAAAUCCAUUGCCGAAGGUUAUGUCACGCAGUCGCAUACCGCAGAUAACGGCACCAGUUUCACCCAAGCCAAUUCAAAAGGCUGCACGCACAGUGGAUAUGGUAGAUAAAGCGUUUGAUUACGCCUCUGACGAUUAUGCGCCCAUCGUGAGUCAAACACAAGCUGUGGUGCACACACCACCCACAGCCAAGGUGCGUGCAAAGCCACCCAUCAAGCCGAUCAAUUUAGAUCCCCUGGCACCAAAUGAUUCGUUGGAGGUGCAUGUGACAUCGCCCUCUACAAUGCCCGCCCUGCGUGUCUGUACACCCAACGAGUCCAGUCUAUUCAAGCUGGCCAAUUCAGCGCCCACGUCACCACGAUUGACGGGCGCCGUACCCGAUGCCAGACUGUGUCAGCAAUUUAUGGAACGUGAGGCAAUUAAACAGCAACUGGAACUGUCGCCUGAAGAUCAAAAGCAUCUGAAUCAGGACGCCGUAGAGGAGUUUCUCUACGAAAAAAUUGAUGUGACCAAGAUGCCCAAGUUGCCCAGCACCAGCUGCCAGGUAAUAACCGAGCAGCAGCUGCAGAGUUGCGACGGCGUGAUUAAGGAGGAGCUGAACAACUCAACCGUACCCAAAGAAGAGGAUGUGGCCCUAUGUGUGAGUCUGCUUGACUGUCUCGCGCCCACACAAGAGCCUAGUUGUGAAAGCAUCGAUGUGCGACAACAGCCGAUCCCGGCUACUGGCUACCAGCACAUAAGCGAUGAGGAUGUAAAGCGCUGUGAUGGCUUUCAGGGAAUUAAGGAGCCAAGGAAAGACUACAGCAGCCACAGUGCCAAGCCGAGCUCCCCUAUAAGAGACGCGCAUGCCGCAUACUCAAAGGCGCUUAUGGACAGCUGUGAGCAGAUUAUUGGCGAGGAACGAUUGGCAAUCAGCAGAAUGAUGAAAUCGUCAAUACCAGUUGGUAAUGCAAGGGGCGGGCAUGUUACGCCCACAAGCUCUACGCCUGGUACGCCAACAGUGAGUCGUAAAUCGAAGAUUCCUAUACCCAAGUCUUGCUGUGUAUCGGCUUCUAACACAGACUCCAUUGGUAGAACGGGCUAUCUACCAGCGAGCGCAGAGCAGCCCCUCAUAGCACGCACUCAUAUCGAAGAGACAGAGAUUAAUAUCAAGCGGAUUAUACCAUCCAACUCGCCCAAAACAUCUAAGGAUGGUCAGGAUAAGAGCACGGACAAGAAAAAUAAGACCAACAUAUUUGAUUUCUUGCGUCGAAAUUUCGGAAAUCACGACGAGUCGACUACGCCUCAACAACAUCCCACGCUCAAUGAAACUCUUGAGCCGAAAGUAAUCCUCACCAGCACGCGAAGCGGUGUCGAUGUAGUCAGUGCCGACGAGUUUUUUAAGGUGGACAACUCGAAAUUCUAUUUGGCCAGCGAUGCGCCUUCUGUGGCGGCUCCGCCGUUACCAAAAACUGCAGCUCCAGUGAACAUUGAGAUACGAAAAACCAUAACCACAGAUGAGAUUCUUGAAGAGCACAACACAGAGCAAGCACUAAGCCAGGAGAUUAGCGAUCUACUUGAUGAUGAGCUCAACAAGCUGGGGUAUUACAUAGUUUACAUGCUUACUGCCAGCAAAAAUUGUUGCAAGUUUACAAUUUUCGAGAUCAACGAAGCUCUUGAUUUGGCGCUGGAAGCUAUUGACAGGGAAGCCAAUAGUGCGCCGGAAGAAAUAGAGGAGCAGCAACAAAAUAGUGAAAGCAAAAUGAAGUUGAAGAGAUUAGAGGAUGAACAUAAGGAGGAGACGAAAGUAGAUGUGAUGGAGAUGAACGCAGAAUUUGAGGAGACGAAUAUCACAAUGCCAAAUAAAACGGAUGAGCAGAAAACGGUAGAGACGCUAGUGAAACAAGAUAUUGAGGAACUAGAACAGCGAGAACAACAUCUGGAAGUCAAUAGAAAUGAGCCCAUCUAUGAAAACAUUAAGUCUACCAUAUCUAUGCAACAAAUAGAUAUUGAAUUGACAGCGAACACAAUGAUGAUAAGACGUAACCACAUAAGAAACAUUCCACAUAAUGGCAACAAUAACAAUAACAACGAGCAUAAUCAAACUAACAAUAACAAAACCAGCAACAAUAACAGCAGCAGCUGCCAAAUCGAAUCAAAUUCAAAGACGACAGCUGCUGACCUAGAACCCUAUUACCAGGUGCCGAGGGCAACGGAACCCUACUACGAUGCACCUAAACAUCUCCGCCCAAUACCCGUCUACGAGAACAUUGACGUCUUCUACACGGGCCUGGAGCUGGGACAUUGUGUCACGAGCUUGGCACCGGCUUUGGAGCCCCCCAAGGAGAAACCGCCGCCACCGCCCACAGAGCCGAUCUUAGAAGAGAUAAAUAAAGUCAGCCUGAAUGCACAUGAUGAUGAGUUGGAUACCAGCAAUUGGUCAUCGGACAAUACGUACGAAACCAUAUCGAGUAGGUCACGAAACCAGCUGCAGGGUCAGCCAGGCUUGGGUACGCCCACGCCGCCGCCAAUCAAGCGCAUGAACUCGACAAAGCGGAUCAAGAAGGAGCUGCGCAACAAGCGUUCCAGUUUUCUAGGCAUCGAGGCCGACGCCGGACUCGAUGAUGUGGACAGCUAUCUUCAGCUCACGGUUGCGACUCCGCCAGACAUGGCGCAGCUGCUGCAGGAGGAGCGGCGACUCGAGAAGCAACUGUACAUCAAGGCAGGUCUCUGUGACAGUUCGGAUACAGGUGAAAGUCGGGACUCGGGUGUCUCAGAGAAUCAUUCGCGUCAAAGCAGUGAACACUAUACGAACUCUUCAGAGGAUAACGAUACCCAGUCGGAGGCCACGCCACCGCCGACAGAGGGGCUGGCGCCGUCGCAACUGGUGGGCGAAGUCAUCUAUCAGAACAAGUCGCUGCUGGCCGCACAGACCCCGUUAUUGCAAACGGUCAAAGGCACCUCAGCUGAGUCGUGGACGGAAUCGGCUACGGCGGCAGCGGCUGCAACCCAAUCGCUGAGUGAGGCAACCGCAACUGCCAAUGCAAAGAUGUUGUCCAUUGAAGAGAAGAUACGGGAGCAAGGCGAGGUACUGCGUGUAGAGCAGGAGCUACUGCAGUUCUCGAAGGAGGAGCUUAAAAGACAACGUGAGAACUUGUUACUUCGCGAAAAUCUGGCACGUCGUGAACUGCAGCAUGGAGCUCAGAUGUUGAUGUCGAACAAUCGACGCUCGCUACAGGAUUUGCAUCAUGCCUUGGGCAUUGGCAAUGGCAUGUUAAGCGCCUUUCAACCACCACAGCAGUCAACACAACAGAUAUAUGCAAAUGUGCCACAGCAACAGCAACAGCAGCAGCAGCGAUCACUGCCACUGGCACCAUAUCACUACCAGCAGCUGGACAUGGACUAUCGUAAGUCCAUGUCAGAUCUGAAUGAGUUCUCCAAGCGCCUCAUGUUGCCACCGACGCCGCCAAUAAAGCCACUGCGCGCCAUGCACCUCAGCAACAAUGGUCUCAGUCAGGAGCCGGACUACGCCGUCAGUGCGCGACAGCGCAGUGCGUACGGCGGAUCUUUGGUCAAAAUUGCGCCAACAGCAACAUCAACAGCAACAACAGGUGCGUCCGCACCGCGUUAUCAAGCCAACCUCCCAGCCACUUAUCAGCAUCAGUCGGUACAGAAUCUGAGCAACAUGUCGCGCAACACUCUGCUGGCAUUGAGUGCUACCCCCAAGCCAAAGUACACCGAUGGCUGGGUGCAGGUACAGCAGAAGCAACAGCAACGCAGUCUUAUAAAUGAUGGCUGUUGGCUACAGAAGCACAAAUCCAUUCCGGAUUAUAACGGGACGCUCUUUAACAGCGGUCAUACCAAUCACUGGCUGUUCCAAGAGGCCGAGCAUCGCCGCCAGUUUGAGCAACAGCAACAGCAGCAGCUGCAGCUGAACAGGCACUCCAUGCCCAUAUCCACAUCGAAUGAUAAGCCGCUGCCUGAUUCCGUCAUACAGACGCUUACCGAACGUGUCCAAAGCAAAGGCAUCGGUGAACGUAAGCGCUUCGAUAGCAAUGGCACCUACAGUCAGUUGAAUAUCGGUGGACUUGGGUUCAAACCACUCAGCAGCAGCAGCAACAACAACAAUAAUAAUAACAUACUAAACAACAACAACAACAACAACAACAGCAAUCAAGAGAAGAUGCUCAGCGUUAGUGGCAAAAAGAAGUGUUCACAUUGCGGCGACGAAUUAGAUCUGGGGUGCACCCAUGACAAUUGCCGAAGAGUCCACAAAGCACUUAAGUAUAUUGUAUGGGUGUAGAGCUGGCGGCAAUCAGACAAUUAACUAAUUGAAAAAUAUAAUAUA